AUGGACAUCGAUGAGUUUACUGAGAAGACGGAGGUACAGCAAGAAAUAUACGAUGCUUCCCGAACAGAAGAAGACGCACACAGCGAGAUUAAGAUCUUACAAAGUGCAUCGCUCUCAGACCCAUCAACCUAUUGCUCGACUUUUUCUCUCGGCUUCUUUGACCUUGCACUCGAGAUUCGACACCUGAUCUACAACGGAUUAUUUAGCAUUGCCAUUCCCAUCUCAUUUCAAACUGGCUUUUGGGAUCUUGAACCACCGCUAGGCAUCAAGAAGAAUUACGGUCUUUCCCCAGCAUUUCUACGAGUCAACCAACAAGUACACUGCGAAGCUAGAUCGUUCCUAUACUCCAACAAUCAAUUUGACCUUUCUAGCAUCAACCACACAUAUCAAAUACCCACUAACGAUGCAGCUCUUGCCUACUUCUUGGGGAAGAUUGGUAAUGACAAUGGAAGCCUUCUUCGCCACAUUCAGAUUGAUUUUCCCGCCUCUGACCGUGGAACUUACAAAAUCCCAGGAGGAGUCUGGGAAGCCAUGGAAGAGUUCGUAGGAACUGUGAAGCAAAUCAAAGACAAAUGCUCACAGAUCAAGACAGUUGAAAUGGUGCUCACUCGGAAUAUUGUGACGAAGCAGCGCGGGACCAGACGAAUCAAGACAUUUCAUGAUGAAUCAAAAACAAUCGAUUGGAUAAAUGAGCAACUGCACGCCAUUCCUUCCCUAAAGGUAGUAAUUUUUAAGGCUAAAUGCCCCGAAGGAAAUGAAAUAUGGGAUUAA